AUGAAGGGAAAUUACGUAGUGUUGUGUUGCUUUUUAUUUGUCCACUCAUUUCAAGAAGCAUUAUCUGAUAAGUUUGGGGUGCCGAAACAUGACAACAAUUUAGAACAAGAUGCUACGUAUAUGCUUAUGAAGAAAUUGGAAAAAUUGUACAAACUUAGUGAAACAAAUAAUGGUGAAAUUUUUAAUAAAGAAAUUGAAUCAUUGAAGAAGCAAAUUGAAGCACUUAAGCAGGGAAAGGUGGAUAAUUCCGGGGAAAACAUUGGACAGCUGCUGGAAAAUGAAUCGAAAGAUGACUCUGGCCAAAAAACCAUUUUCGGUAUGGAUGAAGAUGAUCUGGACAUUUACGAUGCUGACUUUAUUGGACAAGGAAAAGACAUUACUCAAGGGGAAAAUGUUUCUGAUGAAGAUGUGGAAGAAGACGAGGUAGAAGAAGAUGAAAAUAGUCAUGAAGGGGAAAGCAACAAGGCUGCUAUACUUUUAUCCAGUGCGCCGUCUCCAUCUGCACCAGCUGCUCCAGCUCCUGCUGAGUCUACUACAACUGAAGUAACGGGAAACCAAUCAGCACAACCUCAAACACCUCCACAAGCACAACCAGCUCAAUCUCAGCAAGAGGGCUCAGGCGAAUCAUCACAAAAUCCGCAACAGCCAGCACCUCCAGGACCAGCAGCAACUGCAAACCCUGCUGGACAGAAUCAAAAUGGACAGUCUCCUAAUGUUAAAUAUUUGGACAAGCUUUAUGACGAAAUACUUCAUACAACAGAUGAGAAUGGCAUAAAUGUUCCUCCAUAUCAUAGCAAAUUUAACAAUUUUAGAAAAAAUUACGAAUUUUCAAUGAAUGAACGGGAAUAUGACAUUGUAAAAAACCUCUUUGAUGUAUGUUUCAAGAAAGAUAAUAAUUCGAACGUAACCUGCUUCAUUGAUGUAUUUAAAAAGGUGUUGGAAGAUGAGAAAUUUCAAAAACAAUUUGACAACUUUGUGCAUGGUCUAUAUGGAUUUGCUAAGCGUCACAAUUAUUUGGGAGGCGACAAAACUAGUUUGGCUGAAGCGUAUAAAGCUUUGUUUCUGAAUGCUUUAAGUUACUUAAACACUCUUAUAAUGGAAUGA